AGCGCUUCGAAACCUCGACUAGUCAGUACCCAGCAGUACAUCACUAGUUUUGCUUUUAUGAGACCCGAGCGGUCCGACUUCAUGGCAAUAAGAUCAAGCAGAGGUGCGGAAGGACUUUCCCAUUUCACAUGGCAAUACACUGAGGUGUCUAAUGGCCUCCAGCUCAGGGCUGUCCAUGUGAGAAGUGAAUCUGAGAAGAGAAGGGCAGACGCUUAAAGAGACAGAAGAGUUUCCCACAGAGUAUGGCCUCUGCCAAAGAAGAUGGUGUGGAUGAAAGAACGGUGGACAUUAAAGAAGAGGACUGUGAGCGGCUCACACCAGAAGAUAUGUGUGUGAAGCUGGAGGAUCAAGAAGAAAGAAUAUCAGUUUUUAAAGAGGAGGAGGAGUGCAAGGGGGUGACUGCUGCCAUUAAAGCUGAGGAUUUGAAUGAUUUCUCUGUUGGUCUUGAACUUCAAAAGCAUGAAACUGAGGAUAUUUUCAAGCAAGAUGCCUGUGAAGAAUCUCCAUCCAGUUUACAGCCCUGGUCCGCUAAUACGGGACGACUGGCUACGCAGGAGAAAUCAGAGUCUGAAGAGAAAAUCACUGAGGGAAAUGGGAGAGAAGAAGAGGAGUCACCUGGGAAUGUUGGAAUAAAUUUACAGAAGAAUGGCAGCUUCUCUCCACCUUCAUUUGGUCAGCCCUCUCUUCAAUACAAAGAGAAAGCUAUGAAGAAAUCAGCAAGAGUAUCUAAGAACUUGACAGCAGCCUUUUUGCAGUGCAGUUCUCUCCCUGCUACUGGAGUAACACAGACAGAAGCGAUCAAAACUGAUCGACAGCAAGUGGAGAAAGAAAUCCAAGUUCACACUGGAAAAAAAUGUUGUUUGGAAUGUGGCAAACAAUUCACACAGAAAAGUUAUCUUAAUAAGCAUAUGAAGAUUCACACAGGAGACAAACCUUAUUGCUGUUCAGAAUGUGGUAAGUCCUUCUCAAGGAGAGCCCACCUUAAGAGGCACAGAAGAAUCCACACAGGAGAAAAGCCUCAUCGUUGUCCAGAAUGUGGUAUGUUGUUCUCAUGCAGAAGCAAUCUUCAGAACCACAGAAGACGCCACACAGGAGAAAAACCUCAUUGUUGUCCAGAAUGUGGUAAGUCGUUCUUAAGGAGAAGCUGUCUUCAGAGACACAGAAUAAUACACACUGGAGAAAAACCUCAUUGUUGUCCAGAAUGUGGUACUUUGUUCUCAAGCAGAAGUAAUCUUCAGAACCACAGAAGACGCCACACAGGAGAAAAACCUCAUUGUUGUCCAGAAUGUGGUAAGUUGUUCUUAAGGAGAAGCUGUCUUCGGAGACACAGAAAAAUUCACACAGGAGAAAAAACUCACUCUUGUCCAGAAUGUGGUAAGUUGUUCUUAAGGAGAAGCUGUCUUCAGAGACAUGGAAGAAUACACACUGGAGAAAAACCUUCUUGAUGUCCAGAAUGUGACAAACAAUUUUCUGACAAACGCAAUUUUCAAAGGCACACAAAAAUUGAUACUGGAGUGAAGCCAUAUUGCUGUUCUCAAUGUGGAGAAAGGUUUUAAACAUUGUGCGUUUACUUGAAAAGAGCUAAACUCCCACUUAAGCGAAAAUGCAGUAUGUAUGUUCUAAAUGUGGCAAAUGUUAUACAAACCAGAAUGCCAAAAUCCAUACUGAAGAAAAGUCUCAUUGCUGUUCUGAAUGUGAGAAAUGAUUCUUAUAUUUAAGCACACUUCAGUGCCACAUCAGAACUCAUACU